AUGAGCAUUGCUGAUUUAGUUGGGAGAGAGUUUGCAAAGUUUGAGGAAGCAGAAAGAUUUUACUGGAACUAUGCUCUUGCAAUUGGUUUUAGCAUAAGAAGAAGUCGUUUGAGACGUAGCGAGGGUGGGGUUGUGAUGGGAAGACAAUGGGUUUGCUCAAAAGAAGGGAGUAGAACAAAGAAAUGGACGAAUAGAGAUGAUAUGAUUCGUACACCAAGGAAAGAGACUAGAGAGAAUUCUCACGCUGCAUUUGCUGUGAAGUAUUGUUUGAAACGGGAUGCUUAUAUUGUGACUAAAUUUGUAAAGGAGCACAACCACCGACUUGCUAACUCACGUGAAGUGCCUUUUCUUCUUUCCCGUGCGGGUGGAUACAUGAAAGUGGGAUUCACUAGUAAGGAUUUAUAUAACAAGAUGGAUUUUGAGUGUCGACAAGUGGUAAUGGAUAGUGAUGCACAAGCAGCAAUAAGCUACAUGAAUGCCAAGGACAAAAAGCCUGUAUCUAUUGUCACGGACGAGGAAGAGGCAAUGCGCAUAGCGAUUGAUGAAGUUUUUCCCGAUGCACAUCAUCGUUUAUGUUCAUGGGACAUCAUAAGGAAUGUGAACUCCAAUGUGAAUAACCCAAAAAUUGUAAGGGAGUUUAGCUAUUGUGUGCAUAGUGGUUUGACACCAGUGGCGUUCGAACAACAUUGGCAGCAUAUGAUAGAUACAUAUGAUCUAAAAGACGAUUAG